CUAAAACCCUUUCCUUCCCCGAAGAAGCGAAGGGAAGAGGGGAGGAGAGUGAGAGAGAUCGAACUAAAUCGAAGUAACGAUGGCUUCUCCUCUCUUGCUUCGAUCUAGGGCUUCGAUUCGGGCCGUUUCGAUGUCUCUCAGGUCCUCGAAGAGUUCUAUGCACGAGCCCCAGCUUUCUCCGCCCUCGUCGUGCCUUCGAUCGCCGGUUACCUCGUCCAAGAGGCGCGGUUGUUGCGCUCCGAGAUUACCUGCUAUGAGUUCGAGCCGCUGUUUGGCGUCGAUGUUGCCUCUCCACGCUGCGGUUGCUUCGGCUCGACUGAAUUCGCUUCUCCCCUCGGAGCCCCAGAGCUGGGGAUGGGUUCCACAAGGCAUCUCAAUGCCUUUAUGACAGAUCUUGUGGUUCUGUUUGGGUCACAAGAGGCUUCAGUUGGUGAUGAAGUACGACAGGAUGUGAUUUCUUGUUAAAUGCACUCUUGGAGAUUUUCUUUGUUUCAGCAAAAACCGGCACAUUCUUGAAAUUCACAUUCUUGUUGCUCCGUUGUUUUUGAUUUCUAUAGCUGCAUAAUGCGGCCACUGGCUUAGAUCAUUCAGAAGAAAAUACCUUCUAGAAUUUUAGUGACUGGACCUCUUAAAAUUAAUGAAAGAGUUUGAUCAGUGUAGUACUGCUUGUUGUGGGA